AUGUUUGCUCAUCGUAGUCUUUCAUUAUAUGGCGGACAUGAUGAUGAAAUCAAUUGUCUUGUAUUUUCAAGUGAUUUUGAAAUACUUCUUACAGCAUCAAUUAAUGGAUUUAUUCGUCUUAUUCGAGCAUUGGCUAUUUCAAGUGAUGAUAGAUAUUUCGCAUCAACUUCUAAUGAUACUAAUGUUCGUUUGUAUGAAACAAGAACUGGUUGUUUACUAUAUAAACUUACUGGUCAUACUCAUUCGUCUGAUUGUCUUCAUUUUUCAACAGAUAGUCAAUUAAUAGCAAGUGGUGCAUGGGAUUGUCGAACAAUAUUAUGGAAUGUGAUAACGGGUGAAAAAAUCUACGAUUUUCAUCAUCAUACAAGUGCAGUACAAUCGAUUUCUUUCCAUCCAAAACUGAAUUUGAUGGCAACUGGAUCGCAUGAUCAUCUUGUUUAUCUAUACAAUUUUGAUGAUCCAUUACCAUUGAAACCUAGUAUGCUUCGAGGACAUUUUGGUAAUGUUCGUGCAUUAGCUUUUUCAAAUUUACCAUUUCUAGCAUCGGCUGGAUGGGAUAAGAUUAUUGUUAUUUGGCAAAUUGAAAUGACUCGUAUACGAGCUCGUCUUUUCGGUCAUACAGGAUGGAUUCAAGCGGUUAUAUUUCGUGAUGAUGAUGGUUCCAUAUUAGCUAGUAUUGAUGAUGAUGCUGUUCGUGUUUGGAACAUAUUUAGCAAUGAUUGUUUACAUCGCCUUGCAAUUGUCAAUGAUUUAUCUUGUUGUGUUCGGUUUUUACCAAACAAUCGUGGUCUUCUUGUCGGUGGUGCUGUUUAUGAACUGUUAGCAGAGCAAUGGACAUCUCCUCGAGAGCGAGCACGGACAAAACGUAUACGUGAACCAGUACCUGGUGAGACUGUAUUAAUGUCAAGACAACAAACACUUUUACCAAGACGAGCACGUCGUGAUACGAGUGUCAAACUUCCAACACAUAGAUCUCGUCCAACUACACAACGAUCUAUACUUCGAAAAAGAAUACCUGUUGAAUAG